ACCUUGUGCUGAACAUGACAGUCGUUGUAGAAAAUUCAUUCAAACAUAUUUCACAUGAAACAUUUUAAUAUUUUCAUUGAUAUUAGGAAAAUAGAAGUAGCAAAGACGCUGGAAUUUUUAAGAAAGUGCGAUCUUCUUUUAUGCACGCAGAUCAAACAUGAACAAUUAUGAGAAGUUUGAGGAAAAUCGUGAACCAGAACCUGCCCCAGAAUUAAGAGUAACAUCAGAAUAUGCUGGGAAUCAAGACAGUACUGGUGAUGUACAAAUCAAAGUGGAGGACAACACAGCAAGUGACGGACGGCUUCAAAUUUAUAAAUCUGAAGCAAAAGAUGACGUUGAUUAUGUGGAGGAUCCUGGGUCAAAAGAAAUUCCCAAGACUGGAAUUGAGGGAUUGCAGUGGAUUGUAAAAAGUGUGCUUGAACACAUUGCCUUCAGACUCAUCACUGUUGUCCUGAUUCUUUUGGACUUCAUUUUUGUUAUUGUGGAAUUAGCAGACAAUGAUUGCAACAGUAACAAAGGGAAAGGGACUUUAGAACUUUUAUCCCAUAUUCUGAUCAGCUACUUCAUGCUAGAAGUAUUUUUCAGAAUCUUUUACCAAGGAAAACAGUUGCUCACAGAAUGCCGAGUUUUGGAAAUGAUUGAUAUUGCUGUUGUGACUGUUUCCUUUGUGGUAGAUGUGGUGUUUCUGAUUGUGGCAGAGGGAAUGUCAUGUGCUACCAAUUAUUCCAAGUUGCUUAUAAUAGGUCGUUUUGUGAGAAUCAUAAGAGUUGGAAGAAUAAUUUUCCUAAUGAUACAACAAAAGCGGCAUAUAGCCACUGCUUCCAGGAGAAUUGUUUCCCAAAACAAAAGAAGAUAUCAGAGAGAUGGAUUCGAUCUUGACCUUUGCUAUAUAACUGAGCGUGUGAUUGCCAUGUCUUUCCCAUCGACCGGAAUGAUGGCUAUGUAUCGAAACAGUGUAAAUGAAGUUGCAAGGUUCUUUAAUACAAAACAUAAAGAUCACUACAGGAUAUAUAACCUAUGCAGUGAGCGAGAUUACGAUGAGUCGCUGUUCAACAAUUGCGUAGAGAGAGUGUUUAUAGAUGACCACAAUGUCCCACGACUUAGGGAGAUGAUAGAUUUUUGUGCCAAUGUUGAGGAGUGGAUGGAAAAAGAUAAACAGAACGUUAUUGCCAUCCACUGUAAGGGAGGCAAGGGUCGGACUGGCACCAUGAUCUGCACCUGGCUUGUGCACUGUGGGGUGUUUGAAGAAGCAAAGGAAAGUUUGGAUUAUUUUGGAGAUAGAAGAACGGACCUCUCUGUUGGAAAAACCUUUCAGGGUGUUGAAACUCCAAGUCAGAGCAGAUAUGUUGGAUACUACGAGAGAGUGAAGAAAGAUUUAGGAGGACAUUUACCCCCUGAAACCAAAAAAAGAAUUACAUCUGUUAAGAUUGAAGGACUUGAGGGUGUUGGAAAUGGUGAUGGAAGUGACUUAUCAAUGGAAAUUCGAUUGGAUGGAUUAUUGAUCUAUGAAUGUAAAUUUGGAGAUAACAUCAACUGUCAGGUUACAAAGUACACAGAUACACACACUGUAGUGGCCAACCUUCAAAAUAGCCCUGUCAUUUUUGACGACGUUAAAAUCCGAUUCUUUUCAACAGCUAAAAACAUUCCCCAGAUUUAUGAUCAUUGUGCAUUCUUCUUCUGGUUUCACACCUAUUUUAUUGCCGACAACAAACUUUACCUACAGCGAGAUGAAAUUGACAAUCCUCACAAGAAAAAGGCAAAAGCUGUGUUCAAAGAAGAUUUUGCUGUGGAGCUCAAGUUUGAGGAUGUUAAUGAAUAAAUAUUUUUUACAGAAGCAUUUGUACAAGCUAGCUCAUUAAAAUGUAGAACAAAUAUUUCUCAAUGUUCAUAGAUAUAAUUAGCUCAUAUAUGAACUGAAGCAAGAGUAUUAUUGGUUUGACUUUGUAAAUUAUAUCAUGUCAAUUCUUGUUUAUCUUUUGUGUCACAAAGAAAAUACUACACCUGUGAUAUGUACUCAGCUGAUUCAAACAACUCUCUGAGAUUAUCUAUAGUACUUAGUACACAUUUCUGUUUCUUUAAUAAUACUCAUAGAAUUAAUGAUAGGUGAACAAAAGUGUUUUUUAAAAAUGUGCAUGUGGAUAUGUAAUGCAACUGUGAUACAAAGAAACUUAUUGGUCAAAAUACCUCAUAAUUAUAUAUCACACGUUCAAGGUUCAGUCACCUCCAUAAAGGAAUCUGGAUUGUGUGCAAUUAAGGAAUGAUAAGUCAUUUUAUUUUGGAAAUACCAUUAUCACCAAGGCAAAAUAUUAUACUCAAUUGAUAAGGUAAAUCUUAUACUUAUUUAAGUAUGUACACCACAUUUUUAUUUUAGAUACUACAUUUAUACAUUUUUGAUAGUUUAAGAUUUUAAAUAAUGAAUUUCUAAAACACAAUUUAAUUAAUCAAAAUAGUCAUUUAAUAAGUGUACAUGUAUGAUGUAUAAAUUUUGAUGUGUGCCAAAACGUAUCCGUAUGACGUUAUAUUUAAAUUUGUUAGUUAAGAACCCAAUUUGUCUUAUUUUUCUGUACUAAAAGAUAAUUUUUAAAAAAUAAAAAAAAGUCUUGAAUUAAUGACUAUAAAACUGGACUUGAAUUGGUAAUUAAGGCUUAUUUACAAACUAGUUUGCAAUCAUUUUCUAGUUAUCUUUUACUUUAUUUUACAAUUUUUUUUAUAUCCAAAAAAAAUGAAAUGAGAAAUUUGAAGGUCCACAUCUUGUGAAGACAAUGUUUAUUAUUAGUUUUAUGUUAAAGGCAUGUUAUAACAUAUUGUUCAACAUAGUGAUACAGAAAGUGGAUAGAUCGACAUACAGUUAUUCUACCUGGCAUAUCCAUACAAGUCUGAAGAGUUUUAAGACUUGAUAAAGCGUGGAAUGUGAAUGCAUGAAUAUAUGUUGGUAGGAGUCAUUAUAAUUAUAAGUCAUGGUGUUAUCAUUGUUUUGUGGUUUUCAAAAAUACAUUAAAACCAGCUUAAAAAGUUUCAGUACAUGUAUUAUAUUUAGUUUGGCUGAUUUCUCUUCUUAUAUUGUUGUAAAUUAUUAACAAAUUAUGACCAUAUACCGGUAUAUUAGAUAUAUCAAAUUCAUAUGCUUUAAUUGAUUAAUUACUAAAUAUUUGUUCAUUUACCUAUACUGAUUAUCUAACUUGUAGACAAAGAUAAUAGUAAUUUAAAUAGACCGAUGAUUUCUGUAUUAACUAAGGCAAUUUUUUUUUUACAAACAAGUAUUAAAUAAAGUGAUCGAUACAAAAAAUGUACAUUUAUGCACAAUAAAAUACUAUACAGAAGUAGAAAAUGUAACAACAUGUAUUGAAUAUUCAUAAAUAUGUAUAUAUAUACACAAUAAAGUAAAGUAUUUUGCAUUU